AUGGCCUCGACCCACGAUGCCGAAAAGGGCCCGCCUCCUGCCUUGAAUGCGGAUGACAGCCUGGGAGAUCGAGAUGGCGUGCCUGAUCCAAAUGGAGUGUUCUGGGAUGACGACGCAGAUCCCGCAAACCCUUUGAACUGGAACGCCACGUACCGUUGGUUCUACAUCGUCUUUAUCACAAUCCUGACCUUUGUCACUUCGCUAGCUUCGUCCAUGCUUGCACCUGCCGUUCAAGACGUGAUGAGAUCUCUUAGAUCUGACAGUACGGAACUAGAUUCAUUUGUCGUGUCGAUCUAUGUGAUCGGAUUCGCCGUUGGCCCACUUAUCGUGGCACCGAUGUCUGAACUGUAUGGUCGUGCGAUCGUUUAUCAUGUGACAAACGUGAUAUUCCUUGGGGUCACCAUUGGAUGUGCCUUGAGCCAGAACGUAGGGAUGUUUCUAACAUUCCGAUUUAUCUCCGGCUGCGCAGGGGUGACGCCUUUGGCUUUGGGCGGAGGCACGAUAGGCGAUCUCAUGCCACCUGAACGGAUGGGGACCGCGAUGGCCGUUUGGGGCUUAGGAUCGCUAGUGGCGCCUGUCUUCUCUCCCAUUGCCGGAGGCUAUUUAAGCGAGGCUGCUGGCUGGAGAUGGAUCUUUUGGGUUAUUGCUAUUCCGAUGGCCAUCCUUACGAUUCUCUCUCCCUUUCUGAUAUGUGAAACAUAUGGUCCCGUACUUCUGGAGGCUAAAUCUCGGAGACUUCGUAAGGAGACAGGCAAUCCUCAAUUGAAGUCCCGCCUGGAUCCUGGAGUCUCUCGCCGAGCAGUCGUCUUCAAGGCUCUCAUUCGUCCCCCUAAGCUUCUGCUGACGUUGUUUGUGGUGACGAUCAUUGCACUAGAUGUUGCAGUAGUAUACGGAUACCAGUACCUUGUCUUUACUACGCUGGCGUACAUUUUUCAGGACAAGUAUCACUUGGCAACCGGCAUAUCAGGGUUGGUUUACCUAGGGAACGGAAUUGGAACCAUUCUAGGCAUCUUUAUCAUCGGCUAUGCGUCAGAUAAAGUAACCCAGCGGAAGAAGAGGAAAGCAUCCGCCUUGGGCAACGAUCUCCAACCGGAGGAGUAUCUGUGGCCUAUGCUUCCUUCAGGCUUAGUAGCUCCCAUUGGCCUUCUUUGGUAUGGGUGGUCAUUGCAGACGAAUGCAUCCCCGUGGUCCCAGUACUUGGGCUGGGAGUGUUUGGUUUCGCCAUGA